AACUGUCAUUCACCAGAACGUUUCAUAAAUGCUUCAGUUUGACGCAGAACACUCUGGAUUGUUGUGUGUGUUAUUUAAAGAGUCUGGGUUUACAAGCAGAUUGAGGAUAUGAAUCAGAGCUGCUGUCACUGAAGUUGAAGGUUCCAAUUCAGUGGUCUGGAGUUUUGCUGGUCUGAGAUGACAGACACGUCAGGGCAUGGUUUUGAGGCGGAGCCUUUGAAGGGUGGAGAGGCAGAUGGGGGUGUGUCUAAGGAGAAAAGCUGUGCUGGAAAGCUGGGAUUACUGCACCUGACAGGCUGGCGAACAGCUGCAUUCCUGCUCUCUCUCUUCCUGUGCAUGGCUGUUGUCUUCGCCUUUUCAUUCAUCCUGCCCUGCCCCGUACGGCCGCAAUACCUGUCCACGUGGAGCCUCAAGGUACCUGAUGCAGCCGUGUAUGAUUUCCUGGAUUUUGAGGAUGCCAAUAAAGACAAAGUUUUGGAUGUGAUCUUCAUGUAUAAGGGUGCUGAAGCCAGCCGCAACACGUGCAUGAGUGAAGAUUUAUCACCUCCGUGUCUUGUUUUAUUGGCUGUUGAUGGGACUGAUGGGAAGACGCUUUGGAAGCGACCUUUAGCGGCUGAAUUUGAUUGGGUGGAGUGUGGGGUGAAGGGGAUCGGGUAUAAAGGAACAGGAUGUUUGGUGGCUCACGCGGACAAUCUCACAGCCAUUGACAAACAGACAGGUGGGAUCGUGUGGCAGCAGUCGCGCUCUUCUGUGAUGAACGGAAAUCUUCCGCUGAUCAGCGUUCCGGAUCUGGACUCUGAUGGAGCAGAAGACUUUGCUGUGCUUUCAUAUAAUCCUGAAGCACCAUCAUUCACUCCCAUACCGACAGAGCUGGUGUUUUUCUCAGGGAAAUCAGGUGAUCAGAUUGGCUCAAGAGUGGACAUCGAUCUGAAUGGAGUUUUUGAUCACCUGCAGUUCAAAAUGGCCAGCGAAGCUUCAUACCUGCUGUUACUCACAGACUCUGGUCUUUCUGCGGUGAGUUUGCGGUGGUUGGCGGCUCGGGCUCGGACUGGCCUGGAGUCAGCACUGAAGAAAGAAAACAGCUGGGAGGACAAAGCCGACAGUCACACCGGACUCAUCCCCCUCUAUCAGUCUGAUUCUCUGAAGCGUGUACUGGUUGUUCAUGGAGGUUCUUCUCCGUCACUGCUGGUCCAGACUGACUCCAGCGUGUCAUUGCUACACACAGACAAACUUAAGAUCACAUGGACCACCAAUACCAGCACACUGCUCAGUGUGCCAACAUUUGGGCAAUUUGACAAAGAUGGAAUUCCUGACAUAAUGAUAGAGGAAGACCUUGGCAAUGAAACCAAAAGAGUGAUGAUUCUCAGUGGAGGUUCUGGAGAUGUCCUGUGGGAGGUGAACCUGUUGUCCUGGAUGCAGAGUCCUCGUCCAGCGUCUGUCCUCACACUAAACACCUACUCUGUGUUCAUGCUGUGGGGACAGAGUCAUGGCAAUGAGACAAUGCAUUCAUCAUUCCUGCUGCAUCCACGUUACUCUCAACUGCUGCUUGAACGAAGAAAUCCAGUACAGAACAUCAUCUCCUUUAAAGCAACGCUGUUGGAGCGAGGCCGCCAUGCCUGUUACCUCGUCUUGACUGGACCUGACGGCCGGCAGCACGCAGAAUCAGGUGGGACGGAGCCGGUGGUUCUGACCAAACGAAAGAUCAAAGACGACGUAUCAGAAAGUGGAGUUCUGGGUGUAGCAGCAGAUGAGCCUAUCUCUAAAGACACGGAGGAGUCCGUGAAAGAGGCGUUUAACAGGCUGCGCUUCAGUGACGCACUUUUCUGAAACAUAAUCACAUAUAGAGUAUAUAUUUUAACACUAAACAUCAACACAAGUCAUAAAGGUGUUGCAGCCAUAGCUGCUUUCUUUUACUUGCACUUGAGUCUACAAUCCAAAACAAGGUUUUGCCUCCAAUAUUACACUUCCUGCCGGAACAUGCAGAUCACAAUCCCUUGAGUCAUGCUGCAUUAUUCUACGUCAUUUAUAAACUACUAUAAAGCAAUUAAAGCUUCUACAUAAGGCAUAAGGCCAUCUUAAAUGUAUUUUUAUAAAAAUGUUCACGGAAUGAGAAAUUAUGUUUUGCAUAAAGAUGUUUUUUUUUUUUUUUGGCAAUGUGACAUUACAUUUAUGAAAUUAGGCACAUUCCCUCCUACCCAAAAAUCACUAUACUGUAAUGCAAAAACAUUCUCAUAACUGUGCACUACAUUACAGUAAUGGAAAUCAAGUUUGGGCAUGAAUUAAAUUCAGUACAACAAAAAUGUACGAUGAUGUAUACUUACAAUUGUCCUUUGCACAUGUACUUUAUUAUUAAUAAAUAAUCUUUAAUUAUUUAUUACAGUAAUGAGAGUGAGAUCUUAAUGCAUUACAGUAACGAGAUUUUAAGUAAUGAAAAUAUUGUCACAGUGCCAAAGUAGGCGUCUUUUUCUUAAUGCAAAAUAUUUUUUGAUCGUUUUCGUGAGUUUCACAGAUAUAUGUUUUUGUUCACUGUGCUGUUUUCAUUGAUAGUGUAUUAGUCAUUUACAUCUGAGAGUUCUGGAGUUUUUCUUGUUGCCGUAGGCUGGAAUGAUGCCUUCAAGAAUGGAGUGCUUAACUCUAAACAUCUGCCUUGUGUUUCACAUGCACACAAAGCAUUGAGCUGUAUUUUGCAGAAGCACUGUAAACAAGGUGGGCUUUAGUUAGUUGAGUGUGCCGGACAGAGAGAAUGAGUGAAUGUUUUAGUUUUGCAGUGCAGUGUAGCUCCUGUAUCACACGAGUUUGUUUGUUAAUAUGGAGACAUUAAAUUAGCGUGUCAUUUAGAGGACUGUAUGACAUAGUGCUGUAUAUUUAGUGCCUUAAAAAGAGACUGCAAAUUACCUGUGGAAAAAAAAAAUCACUACAGAUGCUAUUACGAGUAAUUAUAUACACAUUCUGUCUGUCUGCUGUUUUGAAUCUUAUAUAUGAUUGGUGUGAGUUUAAGUUGGGAUGCAAAUAUUCAAUUGAACCAAUGAGCAUAAUGUUACCUUCAGUUUACCACUGUAAAAUCAGAGCUUUAUGUUUAUGUUGUCUUGGCAGGAAGAUCUGCUAUUACACCAAAACCAGAUGCCUUUGAGUCUAAAGAAGGCAAAAUAAAUGAUAACACUGUGGAUUUUAUGCAACUGUAGAAGAUGUCCAAAACACUUAGAUACCUUUAUGCAUUGUAUUUAUGGAGUGAGAUUUCCUAUUAUUAUUAUUAUUAUCAGUAUUAAUUGAUUGAGAUUUACUGAUUUUGUAAACCUGUAGAUCAGGUCGGGAAUUUGCCUUCUGGUGCUUUCUUUACUUAUCUGAAAAGUUUAUAUAUAAAACAUUGCAUUGUUACAACAUAUAAUAAAUAAAAUGCAUUCAA